AUGCAAACGCAAAUUUUUAUUAAACUAGUACUUAGAAAUGCGACGCUUAGAAUUAAAGAACCAAUUACAUCUUCAGAUAGCCAAAUUUCAAACAACGAGCUUUCAGCUUUAGACUCGAGCGGUUCGUUCUCUUGA